UUCUCCUCCAGGGAGGAAGGCUGGCUGGCAUUGCAUCCAGGUGGCUUAUGCAAGCUCAGGGCCUGAGAAAGCAAGCAAGAGGGUAAGCCUAGGAGGAAAGCAGAAGGCUGAAAUGAAGGAUGUGUGCUGGAAAAGAAGGGCAUCUGGUCACCCUGAACCCCAAAGUGGUGGAGAUACAACCUAAUAUUUGCUGUUGUUGUGUGUCUUCAUGAACCUAUCACAGGGUUUUCUUUGCCAGGCUCUUACAAGAAUCAUCCUAAUGGCACUGAGAUUACCCACCCGGAGGCUCCUGCAAUGCAGCCGUGUUGUGUUAGGUCCCGGUGAUAUCCGGGCACAGGGUACAAGUGCCGCUGUGCAAAAGGAAAAAGAAGCAUCGCCCUUACAGAAGGAAGUGAAAGUCCCCAAAGCCCAGUUUGACUGGCAAGAUGCCUUACAGUUAGAGAAGCUCCUUACUCCAGAGGAAAUAAUGAUUCGGGAUUCAUUUCGUACCUAUUGCCAAGAAAAGCUAAUGCCCAGGAUCCUUAUGGCCAAUCGAAAUGAAGUCUUUCAUCGGGAAAUUAUUUCUGAAAUGGGAGAGCUGGGUGUCCUAGGCUCUACCAUCAAAGGUUAUGGUUGUGCGGGAACCACCUAUGUGGCUUAUGGACUCCUGGCAAGAGAGGUUGAGAGGGUGGACAGCAGUUACCGAUCAGUCAUGAGUGUUCAAUCAUCUUUGGUAAUGCACCCUAUAUAUGCCUAUGGGACAGAAGAGCAGAAGCAGAAGUACUUGCCACGCCUAGCCAAGGGAGAGUUGCUGGGCUGUUUUGGGCUUACAGAGCCCAACCAUGGAAGUGACCCUGGUAGUAUGGAGACCCGAGCCAAGUACAACCCCUCCAGAAAGACCUACACACUCAACGGCACCAAGACUUGGAUCACUAAUGCACCAAUGGCUGAUCUGUGCGUGGUGUGGGCUGUUUGUGAAGAUGGGAAAGUGCGGGGUUUCCUUUUGGAGCGUGGAAUGAAGGGUCUCUCCACUCCAAAGAUUGAGGGCAAAUUUUCACUGCGGGCCUCUAUCACUGGGAUGCUUGUUAUGGAGGAUGUGGAGGUACCUGAAGAGAACCUUCUGCCCAAUGUGUCUGGACUUGCUGGUCCCUUUGGCUGCCUGAACAAUGCUCGCUAUGGCAUAUCAUGGGGAGCCCUGGGAGCAGCUGAAUUCUGUAUGCACACAGCCCGGCAGUAUACCCUAGACAGGACCCAGUUUAAAGUCCCACUGGCAAGAAACCAACUGAUCCAGAAGAAGCUGGCUGACAUGCUCACUGAGAUCACCAUUGGCUUACAAGCUUGUCUACAACUCGGCCGCUUGAAAGAUGAAAACCAGGCUACUCCUGAGAUGAUCUCCAUGCUGAAGCGGAAUUCCUGUGGGAAAGCGCUGGAGAUUGCCCGGCAAGCUCGUGACAUGCUGGGCGGCAACGGAAUCGCAGAUGAGUACCAUGUCAUCAGGCACGUCAUGAACCUUGAAGCUGUCAACACCUAUGAAGGAACCCACGACAUCCAUGCUCUCAUUUUAGGCCGAGCUAUAACUGGUCUUCAGGCUUUCACUGUUGGCAAAUGAAAACAUUUCCCCAAGAUUCAGCUUUGUUGCUCCAGUGUGGGAACAUCAGUGGACACUGUUGGACAUGUCACAGUGGCUUCAUAAGUGGAACAUGACUGCUGCCGACCAAGUUCUGAUCAAAUAUAUUUCUUUACCUCAGCUCAAAUACUUGUAGUUAAUUUGAAACAAUACCAAAAUCAGGUGUUUAAGAAAUUUUUAUGAGCUAGAGAGAGAGAAAGCAUUGAAAUGCUGCAGUAUGGCAAAAGAGCACACUGUCAUGCCACUUGACUGUCCUUGCAUUAGGUGACAGGUGAGCUGGGGCUGGGGAGCAAAGCAGACAAUGGUGGAGGACAAUGCAAAGCUCAGAAAUUGCCAAAUGUCUGUGAGGCAAUCAGGUAGGUUGUAUGACUGGUUACAUUUAAUGCUUUAUGGUAAAAUUUUAUUAAAAAAUCUUCUGCUACUACAGGAAGCAACCAGAACAAAA